AGAGAGAGAGAGAGAGAGAGAGGGAGAGAGAGAGAGAGAGUGAGAGAGAGGGGCUGUGGACGAGCGUGAACCGGUCAGCACAAGCUGGGGGAUAAAAGCAGGAGGAAGAGAGAACCUGGCAGCACACACGAAAAGGGGAAACGUAAAUGAGAUAUCUCAAGAAGAAGUCUCUGGAACAGGGACUUUGGGUGGUCUAUGACAGUAACGUGCAAAAAAUAAAGAGUAAUAAAAAAGGAACACUGGGUGCCCCACAAAGAGAAAGGUUGAACUAUCACACGUUUGUACGCGCAGUGAUUACAGUAGUGUCUUACGUUUGUGUGAGAUAAAAGAUAAGAAUUUCUGCUUACAAGAGAAAUAUUUGUCAAACGAGAAGACGAGAAAGUCAUUUAAAAAAGCAAAUGAACUUAUAAAAUUUCCGGGAUCUACAAACUUCUGAAAUAAACAAGUCCUGGUAGUGAUUUCUAACGCCAGUGUUUUCAUCAUCAACCGUGGUCUUGCCGUGUGAUUCUUUAUUUUUAUCACUGAGAGUGGGCGUAUUCUAGUCAUCGCCGUCAUUAUCAUUUUUUUCUUCGAAAAUGGACCUGAAAACUUACUGAAGUAGAAUAAGUCCCGCAAAGAGCUCCAGUUGAUUUGUACUCGUGUUUGACAGGAUUCUUUGAAGAAAUAAUUACUGUGGUGGUGUUGCUAGUUCAUGUUGCUCUAUGAUUAUCAACAACCAGGUACGUACUUUCAAACGACUGUCCUAACGCUGAAUUAAUUCAUUCAAACUAUGAGACAGUUGUUACUUUGAAAGACAAUAUACACUAUUCUAGACAAUUGCAAAUGUGGUAAGGCCACCAGACCUUUUAUUUGUAUUUACAUUCGUAAUAGCCAGUUUCAAGUAUUGUUUGCACUUGUCAAUAAACGGUUAGUAAGUUUGCAACAUAUUCACGGAAAUUAUUUCGGAUUCACUAACGUACUUUGCUCUAAUUUUUUUCAAGUUCCUAUGCAAGACGCUUGUGCCAGACAUCUUAGUUUACGACAGCGUGUUAUGGAAGUGAUAAAAAUGCUUUUAUGUUGGGAAAAUUUCAUUUCAAAGCAAACUUCGUAGCUGUCUUUUCGGCUGUGCUGGCAAUAUCUGCUGCGAUUAAUUCGAAUGGAUAUUCAAACUUAUGCAAACAGGACAUUGGAAGUGAUUAUGUCCCAGUCCGACCCACUGACACACACCCAGACGCUGCUCACCCUCAACAUCUCAGCACAUUCUCCCAGCAUGCCGUGGGCCAACGUGACCCAAACAAUUCCUUCUAACAACAGCGAGAUGGCCGAAAUCCUCAAGUCGGCCGUUAAAGGCCUCACGACGUACGCCGUCCCCAUCAUAUGCGGACUGGGAAUCGUAGGUGACGUCACGUCCUUUCUCGUAUUCGUCUUUACUUCCUUCCGGUAUCAGCCGUGCAGUCAGUACCUCGCGGCCUUGACCUUUGUUGACACAAUGUUUCUACUCUCGCAGCUCAUCAACUCGUUCAUGACCUUCUUCCCUACCUUGGCCUUGGCUCCUGGCUAUUGCAGCGUCAUGGUCUACCUCUCGUAUGUCUGUAGCUUCCUCUCCGCGUGGUUUGUGGUCCUCAUGAUGGUGGAAAGAUAUAUCGUCGUCUGCCAUCCGUUCAGGGCGUCGACCAUCUGCAGCAGACGCAAAUCUGUGACGCUCAUAUCAGCACUAACAACUGUAUCCCUUCUCCUCUAUUCACACAGUUUCUUUACCACUGCAGAGUCACACAACGGGCAGCCGUGUAAGGUCGACCACGACUUCUACAACUUUGUCAUGGUAUUCACGUACAUCGAUUCCGUCCUCACAUUCGUCAUUCCUUUUCUGGCGAUCCUUCUCCUCAACCUCCGCAUCAUAUUCACCGUUCGGAAGUUUCGGUUACGUCACAACCUGAUGAACCGAAGCUUAUACGGGAGUCAGCGCUACUACAACGCCGAUAAAACACUCUCCCUGGCUCAGGUGCGCUCUACGAAGAUGCUGGUGCGUGUCUCCACCGUGUACGUCGUACUCUAUCUCCCGAGUUACGCGGCGCGGCUGUACGGUCUCAUCUUGCAGCAGGUUACGGGAGGCGACACCUCAGCAGACAGCAGUUUUCGGUUUCAGAUCGCCCAGCAGAUCUGUCAGUUCCUAUAUUUCCUCAACUUUGCCGUGGAUUUCAUAGUGUAUGUCGUGACGAGCAAUAACUUCAGAAGAAAUGUGUACCGCUGUCUGAGGAAAGUACAUGUGUGCAAGUACCGCUGUAGCUAUCGGUACGGCUAUUGAAGGUGGACAUGCUAUUCCUUGAGGACAGUAAAAGAAAGUUUACCCACCAGAAACAAUCUACAGAGCGUGUGUAAAUAUUUUACAUUUUAAAAAACCGCAAUUAAUUUUCUAUGGAAUGCCGCUAUGCAGACGUGCAACUUAUUCCAUAUUGCGGAAGUACAACUGUUGCUGUACAAUAUUAAAAUUUUGUGACAUAAUUAUUACAUGUAUUGCUCUUUGAAGAUUGUGUUAUCUAUGUGAAACAAGUGAAUAUUCCAUGGUAGCAUGAAAAUCGAGUUAGUUUGUAGCAAAACUAACAAAUGGUAUGUUGUAUAUUUGCCAAAGUACUUUCAGAUUUUAAGAGGACAUUUCUUCUCUUCGUGAUUUCAUCUAUUUAAGAUUUUAGCAUUCCAGAGCACAGCAUUUAUUUUACUUACUGAUUUUGAUAUUGUCAUGUCUUUCGUGCAUAUUACAUUGUACUCCUGAAAAAAU